GUGCGGACUACUAUUACUGGACGUUACAAGUGGUGAUGUCGCAACGUAAAAUAAACAUUUAAUAUUAGGUAGACCUGUGUAACGCUGCACGUAUGGCGUUCUGAAAACUCCAGCGGCACAUCUGCAAAUCUUCGGCGGCACACAGUUUGAGAAACACUGCUCUAGACUCUAUAUUCUAAACUAGAUAUAGAUUCUAUUUCUCUUCUCUAACUCAAACAAUUUUUUGAAGUCUUCCUCUGAGGACACAUAAGUGUGUUGUUGCUUUAAGAAGAGAGCAUUGACCAUUACUUAUAGAUAACGCCACAAGUUGUAAAUCAUCACAAUGUAGAAUAUAGAGGUAGUUCUGGGAAUCUGUCCCUAUCCUUCACUUGAUUAAAAGAGGCUGGUUCAAGAAAAUGACUUUAUUUCCUAUGAAAACGUUGUCUUGGGCUAAGCAGUAAAAACAGAUAAUGAAGAGAAGAGAAUGUAAAGGAUAAGCUGCUGUUAAAAUGGCAUGCGCUUCAGCUAAGCAAGCAGCUCAACCCCAGCAGAAUCAGGUCAAACUAUUUAUAACUUCCUUCAGUGAUGAAUUUUUUGCGGAGAGAGAUAUUCUUCGCAAAGAGAUCAUUCCUGCUUUGAAGUCAUGGUGCGAUGAGAAGAAACUCAGCCUGGUGGAAAAUUUCAUCAAAUGGGGUGGGCGGCAUCCUGAUCAAAGAAAUGUUGCAGAACUAGAGAGGCUUCAGACUAGCAUAGAGAAUUGUUAUUUCUCAAGCAUCAUGCCCAUUUUUAUCAAUAUUACAAGUUCAUCUUUGGGAUGGGUACCACUAUGGGGCGAUUACUCUGAAGAGAUAGUGGAGGACUACCAGGAAGCAUAUGGCCUUCUUUAUGAAGAUUUGGAGCUCUUGUCAUCUGCUUUUAAGGAAGAUAAUUUAAAUUCUGUUUAUUUUAUUAGAGAUGAUACGUUUAUGUUAAGUCUGCCAGAUGAAGAAAGAUUGUGUUUUGCUCAAAGUAGUUCUGCAUCUCAGAAAAUAUGCGCUGACCAUGACAAAAUUUCCCAAAAAUUUCCUCCACAUCGUGUUCUUACGUACACAGUUGAAUAUAUAGGUAUGGACUACAGAAAGAGACCAGUUUUAAAAUUUACGGAUGAUUUCAAGCAAAAGAUUAUAGAUUUUGUACAGCAGAGAAUUGCAUUUGAUUAUUGUGGUGAAGAGAGACCUCUAGCAAGUCAUCCUGAUGAGUAUGCCAAGUUGGCACAUUUAGAAUUUUUACAUUCUAAGGGCAAAUGUGUUUUAGGAAGAGAUAAUCUAGUGCAGCAGAUGGAAAAUUAUAUAGUGAAAGAAGAAAGAGACAUACCAUUGAUACUACUUGGGGCUUCUGGUUCUGGUAAAACCUCAGUGAUUUGUCUGGCAGCGAAAACAAUUUUAAACAAAAUUGAGCAAGGAGAAUUAAAUGCAUUUGGUGAUAAAGUGACCAAAUGGAGAGUGUUUUAUCAUUUUGUUGGGGCAGUGCCUGGAUCAACAUCACUGGAACAAAUGCUAAAAAGAUUAUUGAGAGAAACAGGGAUGACUAAAAAGAACUCCAAUUGUGCCAAAGAUUUAGACUCAGCAGCACAGAUGUGUUGUAGUAUGUUGUCUAAUUUGAAUACUGACCCACUCAUAAUAUUUUUGGAUGCGGCAGAUCAAUUUACCAAAGAGCAUGGAGCUAGAAUCAUCAGCUGGGUACCACGGAAACUUGCUCCCCAGGUUCGACUCAUCAUCUCCAUGGUAACAGAUACAGAAGUUCAUAAGGCAUUAUUCUGCAGAGAAACUAAACCAACUGAGAUUCUUGUCACUCCAUUGGACAAUAAUUCAAAGCAGGGAAUAGUUGAAGAGAUUUUGUACAAACACAGUAAAACAAAACUGACAACUCAACAAAUGAGAUGUUUGCUGGACAAACCUCUGUCAGAAAACCCAUUGUGGUUGACACUGGCCUGCCAGGAGUUGAAGCUAGUGGCAGGUGAGGUAAACAUCUCCACAAAAAUAAGCAAGCUACCUGAUAGUCUGCUGAUGUUGUUUGAUGAGUUACUCCAUAGGCUUGAAACAGAGGAACAAGGAGAUCUUCUAGUUGGCACUCUUUGUUUGUUGGAAGCCUCUGCCGCAGGUCUGAAUGAGACAGAACUCAGACAACUUUUAGCUGAUGACACUAUCAUAAAACCACCCUCACCAUUUGAAGAAAAAGAGGAAACAGAAGGCAGAGAAAAAGAUAGCAACAAAGAGAAAGGAAUGUUAAAUGAGGAGAAGUGGAAGACAGUUUAUCAGACGCUUCAACCUUUUCUUCGUCCCUAUGGAGAUAGCAGAGAGGGUAGACUUGACUUUUAUCAUAGAGCUCUGAGUAAAGCUGUUAGAAAGAGAUAUUUAACUGUUACUCUAGAAGAUGAAACCUCAUCAGGCAAAGCAGAAAAAUCCAGCACAUAUUUCUUUUGGCACUCAAAACUGGCAGACUUUUUUCGCUAUCAUAGUGAUGUGACUCGCAUGGUGGAAGAAUACCCUUACCAUCUGGCAUGCUUAGAUGAUAAGUUUCACCUUGCUCAAUGUUUGUGUGACUGGCGUGUUUUUGAUAGAUUAUAUCAUGAAGAAUACAGCUCACAAUUGAUGGCAUAUUGGCGAAAGGUUGGCCCUAUCUCAGAAAUGAUCUCCAGCUAUGAAGCUGCUCUUAAGGUUUUUGAAGAGGCGGAUUCAGCUAAUGAAGCCGCUGUCUCAUUAAGAUAUGAAAAAGUCUGCAGAGUAACUAUUCAAGCAGGUAAACAUCAGGAUGCUUUGGAGCUUUUGAAAACUGCCAUGAAAAUUGAAGAAAAAGAACUUGAUGCUAGACCUCACAGAAUGGUGGAACUUUAUGCCCUGAUGUCAGAAAUAUAUGAUGAAAAACUGAAGCUCAAUGAUUUUGUAUCAAGAAGCCAGUUACCAGACCUAAGGAAGACCAUACAUUAUGCUAAAAAGUCAAUACAUAUUAGAAAAAGCUUGCCAGGCUCCUAUCAUAAAUUUAAACUAGGAAUGUCUUUGAUGAGGUUAGCUUUCAACAUGAAAAGCUGGGAUGCAUGCGGUGGUGGCUCUGAACUGACUGGUCCUGAUGCUGUAACUGAGGGCAACAAGUACAUUGAUCGGGCAUUGAAAAUAUUUAUGGAGCUAAAUGACAUGGGCCAUUAUGCAGAAGCUUUAAUGACUAAAGGUGUCUUGGCACCUCGUGGAAGUAUGGAACAAUUAAAGCUUUACAAUCAAGCAAUGGAAUUAUGUAUGCAAAUGUAUGGAGAGCUUCACAUACUCACAUCAAGGCUGUAUAUAAAUAUUGGCAUUGUAUAUGAAGAUAAUAAGGAUUACAAAAGAUCUUAUCAGUAUUUUAAAAAAUGGGCUCGUCUCAGUGAAGAAAUCAUGGGCCCAGAUCAUCCAAAGACUUUGAGAGCAAAAGGAGUUCUCCGAGAGUCUCGUUACAGACGGAUUGCCAUGGAGCUUGGAGAAUGGGUAGAUGAUGAUGAACAAUUUCAGGAAGCAGAGGAAGAAGAAGAGCGAUCAGAAUCGUGUGAAAUGGAACACAGCUAUGAUGACACAGUCAACAAUAUUUUGAUAGUAAGCCAAGAUGAAACCACCCUUGAGGCUUCUCAGUCUGGCCAACUUGGCGCAGGAGAUGGCAGAGCUGACACAGCUUCACAGCAAGAUGUAACCUCCCCUCCCCUGUUCAAUAUUGUUCCACUUUUACCUAACUCAUAUCUCAGUUCAACAUCAUACCUUAGCCCUCCAUCUCCAGGCUUAGAACGCAUCCGCACAUCUUCUGACACAAGGUGGCAGAGGAAUCACCCAAGAGAUCCUUCAAGUUAUUCUAGGGCCAGAUUAGAAAGAAGCAAUGCAAUUCGGCGUGGGAAUCCUUUACACAUACAACCGCAAAUCGAUGAUUUACGAGAUCGUGGUGAUAAUUUGCCAAAUUCAUCCCCUCCACCACCAUCUGGCUCUGACAGUAACCAGAGAUCUUCAGCUGAAAGAUUUGAUCUUGUUUAUCAGUUUGAUAAUUUGUUGAGAGAAUUUUCUUUACAGAGAGGUUUGUCCUCAAGGGAUGAUCCAAAUGCAGGGGUCUCCCAGUUCUCUCAGUAUCAUUUCAACAGCCCUUUGUCAACAUUUGAAUCUCAAUCAGAUCUCAAUAGAACACUUUUAAACAGAGUAAAUGAUCAAACACAAAAUGAUGCUCUUGCCUUGGAUGCCAGAAGUGCAUCGUUGGCCCAGGAGACCAGAUACCCAUAUACCCCAGAUGUUGUGUCCGCUCUCAGGGAACAUGAAUCAUUUAACAGGUUUGUCUCCAGAAGUCAUCCAAGCUCUGGGCUCGAACUCUGUGAAAAUAGGUUAGGGCUUACACCCAACAGCUCUGGAGAAAGCAUUGGCCAAGUCUUCGCCAAUGGCUAUGUGCCAUCUGAUGAGGAGAACGAAAAUGAUGAAACUUCUGAUCACGAAGGACAUUCCGACAGUGAAAACUUUUAUGAUGACAAUUUUGAAGACUAUGACGAACAUUACAUUAUAUCAGGUGAUGGGACAAUAAUAGCGGAUGAGUUUGCUACAACUACAGAAGAUGAUGAGGAGAGAGAAAUUAUAGAACUAGGUUUAAGUGAAGAAAUGGACAAUAGAUUUAGUAAUUCAGAUUCCAUUGAAUUACCAGUUGCUAAUAUGGCAGUUGAUAACAGGUUUGUGAGUGAUGAUGACGUUGAAGAACAUGACGAUGAAAAUGAAAGGGAAGAGCUGAAUGACAGUGUAAAUUACCACAGAACAUAGCACAACCUCAAUCACCAUUUUAAAUUUAAUCUUAAGAGCAUUUAUUUAUUUGUUUAGUCACUUAUCCAAACCUCCACAGCCACAUUAUUUACACAUCGUCAUAAAAAUAAAGCCAAGUGAUAUUUAAUUUAUACAUGUAUUUUUUUCCUUUCUGAUUUCCAUAGCUUUGAGAAAUAGUUCAAAAAUAUUUUUCAUUUUUUUUAAAAUAUGAUAUCAAUUCAUAAUUUGUGUGGGAUACUUUUGUUUUCUUUUGUACAUAAAUCUCUUGUGUUUUAAAAACUAUGUGUGAUACUUUUAUUGAUCCCUUUUAGUGCAUAGCAAUCACAUAUCUCAUUUGUUUCACAUGUAGAAUUAUUGGAUGCCCGAUUGAUGAAAUAAAAACAAAAUCAGUAUUAAAUGAGCUUGUUGUAUUUUACAAGCUGAAUUCAUGGAUGAAAAUAAAUGGAGUGAAAAUGUGCUGUCUGAAAAUCAUUUUGUAUUUAAUUUUGAUUACAAAAAACAAAAAGACAAGUUAUCAAGUUAAAAGAAAAACAAUCUCCAUGUAUUUUUUAAUCAAAUAAAGUAAAGAUUACCCUGUUAGUUAACAAUGAAAAUGAAAUACUAAUACUACUGGGAAUUUGUAGAAGUAGAAUUUUGUUGACAUUUUUGAGUUAUCCCCCAACUCAUCAUCAUUUCAUCUCUGCCUGUGGUCCCUUCCUCCAGGCAUCUCGGUUCUGGGCGAGUCUCUCCAACUGUCCCCACGUCUUGCCCAUCUGCUUGGUAUCUGCUUCCAAAUCGCGGAGCUAUAUAUUCCUGGGCCUUCUCCUCUUUCCUUGGGGGUUCCAGCCUAGGGCUUGCCUUGUUAUGAUGGAUGCAGGCUUGCGAAAGAAAAAAGACAAAGAUCCCCCGACUAGAUUUAUUUAAUUGAUAGCUCAUUAUCUUUUGUUGGUGAGAGUUUAGGCAGUCAACUGCUGUGCUGUCCUCAUUAGGCAUAAUAAGAAAAAAUUAACUGCACUUAAUCUUCCUGAUAGAUCUUAAGACUUUAUUUUCUCUAUCUUCACUACCAUUUAUCAUUACAAAGAAAAAGGUACAUGUAACUAACUUUUGUAUGUGUUGCAAGUUAUGUCAAUUAGAUUGUAAUAUUAUCUACUCAAACAACAGAAAUUAUUAAAUGUCAAUACUAAAGAUUUUGACCUAGAAAAAUGCUAUAAAUGUUUUAUUUUCAAAACAGUAAUAUUUUUUUAUUUUCUUCAAUCUUUUGAUAUGGCACCCAUCAUAGUCAACUAUUCGAUGUUUAGUUACUUUUCCUACUUCAAAAUACAUAAACUGUUGCUUAAUAUUUGUUUCAUUCCAAAACAUGAAAAAACAAUUUGAUUGUUGCAAAAUUAAUUUUAUGUGUUGAGUUGAAAAAAUAAAAAGGAUAACCUUAUUAACAACGAAAUCAUACUAGAAAAAUGAUGGUUGUGACUUAUCUUUUAAUAUAUCUAUAUACAUGUUCCCGGUAGGAAAAAAAUGUGUAUUUGAAAAAUUAGACCUACAUUCAUUUCCAUUUUUUUUAAAUUGACAAAGUUUCAUACAAAUAUUAGAUUAGUUACUCAAUGCUAUGAUAAUUGAAACUUUCAUGUUACAGUACAUACUUUAUUUAUGCCAAUAUUGUUUACUUAUUUUAAUUCAUUGUUUACUAUUUCCUUUUUCUUUUAGAUCUAGUCAUAAAUAAUAGUAUUAAAGAGAUUAUUGAA